AUGUCAAAAAGGAAGGAGCUUCUUUCUGCUGCCAUGAAGAGAACUAGUGACUGGAUUUUCUCCCAGGAAAUUUCCAGCGAUGUUACAGUUCAUGCUGGUGGAGCUUCUUUCUCAUUGCAUAAGUUUCCCUUGUUGUCAAAGUCAGGCUACAUAAGAAAGCUAGUGUCCGAAAGUAGUGAUGCUGAUCUAUCCGAGAUUCAAAUCCCCGAGAUCCCCGGUGGACCAGAAGCAUUUGAACUCGCAGCAAAGUUCUGCUACGGAAUCAACUUCGAGAUAAGCACAGAAAACAUUGCAGUCCUUCGAUGCGUGGCAGAGUAUCUGGAAAUGACUGAGGACUGCUCAGUUGGAAACUUGGUGUCGAGAGCAGAAGCCUACCUAAAUGAGGUGGUGCUCAAGAGCCUCACUGGGGCAGUUUCUGUCUUGCACCAUUCGGAAAGCCUCGGCCAUAUUGCAGAGAAAGUGAAGCUGGUGAGCCGAUGCAUAGAUGCCAUAGCACUCAUUACCUGCAAUGAAACCCAAUUCUCUAUCUCAGGCAGGUCUGAUGGUGGUACUACAUUGGAGGCCCAACCAAAGCCUAUAGUUCAUUGGUGGGCUGAAGAUUUAACUGUUCUCAGGAUUGAUCUAUUUCAGAGAGUUCUAAUUGCAAUGGUGUCAAGAGGGUUCAAGCAGUAUGCCCUUGGCCCUGUACUCAUGCUCUAUGCUCAGAAGUCCCUCCGAGGUUUGGAGACAUUUGGCAAGCCUAAGAAAAAGAUUGACCCACAACAAGAGCAUGAAAAAAGGGUUGUUUUAGAAACCAUAGUGAGCCUACUGCCAAGGGAGAGAAAUGCAAUGUCUGUAAGCUUCCUAUCCAUGCUGCUUCGAGCUGCAAUCUACCUCGAGACAACUGUUGCUUGCAGGCUUGACUUGGAGAAGAGGAUGGCUUCACAGUUAGGCCAAGCUGUACUAGACGAUCUGUUGAUUCCUGCAUAUUCAUUUACAGGGGACACGCUGUUCGAUGUGGAUACAGUGAAGCGGAUCAUGAUGAACUACACUGAAAGCGAAGCGGAAGCUGCUGGGAAAAUCAGGUUGGGUGGGUACCAUGUUGGUGACGAUGAUUAUGGCUCUCUUCAGCUGAGUGAUAUGGAGAGGGUUGGGAAGCUGAUGGAGAAUUACUUGGCUGAAAUAGCCUCGGACCGGAAUUUGGGCGUUUCGAAGUUCAUUGGUCUUGCUGAACUUGUCCCUGAACAGUCGAGGAUUGUGGAAGACGGGAUAUAUCGAGCCAUCGACAUAUACCUUAAGGCUCAUCCAGGGAUAAGCGACAUGGAGAGGAAGAAAGUGUGCAGCGUAAUGGACUGCCAGAAACUCUCUCGGGAAGCCUGCGCUCACGCCGCGCAAAAUGACAGGCUCCCUGUCCAAACCGUCGUUCAAGUCCUCUACUACGAGCAACAACGCCUUCGAGACACGAUUGACAACGACAAUAACACUCCCACUAGCAACGUUGCCGUCGACCAACAUCCCACUCGUCCCAAGGUCCCGCUCCACUCCACCGACAUCCAUCCCGUCGUCGUCCCUCAUCAUCAUCAUCAUUACAACGACGAGCUCUCCACAUUGAAACGAGAGAACCAGGACCUGAAGAUCGAGCUGCUCAAGAUGAAGAUGAAGCUCAAGGAAAUCGAGAAAUCGUCCAGUGCUACUAGUAGUGCCAGGCCAGCAGCUGGGAGUACUACUACUACUCCAAUGGGGAUCAGCAGAUCGUCACCUUCUGCAGACAAGCCUCCUCUGCCUCCUCCUUCUAAGAAGUCGUUCAUCAACUCGGUGUCGAAGAAGCUUGGGAAGAUAAACCCUUUCGUGCGUCUUGAUGGUGUGUCGCCAUCCAAAGGUCGCACCAGGCCGCCUAAAGAUCGACGCCAUUCUGUAUCUUGA